UACCACUAACCUAGACAAGGGUCGCAGUAAGGCGGUCAGUCCAUCUGCACAUGGCAGUCCAUUCAAAAACUGAUACCGAGAGCCUUCGAUCAGUUUUUAAUAAGUAUGCCAGUAUCAAUGCCAAUGGACAAUUAUAUAUGACACCAAAAGAUUUUGUCAUCAGAUAUUUACGUUUAUUCAAUGAAGAGAAUUAUAAUGAUUUAUCAGUUAACUGUAUUGCCAGUGCUGCGGAUAUAACGAAAGAUGGACUGAUUUCAUUUGAAGAAUUUCUUGCCUUUGAAGCACUUCUCUGUACAUGUGAUUCUUUGUAUUCAUGGGCAUUUGAACUUUUUAAUCAAGAUGGUCGGGGGAACAUAUCAUUUGAAAACUUCAAGAAUACACUCAAUUUGACAACAGUGAACAAAGAGUUCGCCUUCAAUUUCAAUUGUGAUUUCAUCAGCUUACAUUUUGCAAAAGAUAGAUCACGUAAAAUCGAUUACAAUGAAUUUACGCAAAUUAUUCAUGAUUUCAAUGAUGAACAUGCUAUACAAGCAUUUAAACAAUCGGAUAAGGAAAAUACAGGAACAAUUACAGUGAAUCAAUUUAAAGAUAUAAUAUUACAAAUCAAAAGACACUUGUUAACUGAAUUCAUUAAAGAGAAUUUACUAACAGUGGCUUUACAAGGUGAAACCAAUGGUCGUAUUACAUUUGCCUACUAUAUGGCUUUUAUUACAUUAUUGUCUAAUAUGGAAUUAGUUAAAAAAGUUUAUUUAAGUCGUACUCAUGGGAAUGCUAAAGUUGAAUUAACAAAAGAGGAGAUGUUAAAUGAAGCUCAACACUUUUCUCAAAUUACUCCUAUGGAGUUGAAUAUUUUAUUCCAAUUAUCAUCACUUCUUCGACAAGAUGGACGCGUCACUUACAAAGACCUAUGUACUAUUACUCAUGUGGAGGACGAUUCACAUUAUAUCCGGACUAGACUUCAGGGUAUGCAAGGAAGUAAAUCAAGCGAAGGACAGAGACGCAGUUCCUUGAUGUCUAUACUUGAACAAUGUUAUCGAUUCACUUUAGGCUCUAUUGCUGGUGCAAUUGGAGCAACUGCUGUUUAUCCUAUUGACUUAGUGAAAACAAGAAUGCAAAAUCAACGUGUUGGAUCAACAAUUGGUGAACUCAUGUACAAAAAUAGUUGGGAUUGUUUUCGAAAAGUUAUACGAUAUGAAAGUUUCUCUGGUCUCUAUCGAGGUCUUGGACCACAACUAUUAGGUGUAGCUCCAGAAAAAGCGAUAAAACUUACCGUCAAUGAUAUAGUUCGUGAUCAAUUCACUAAAUCGAAUGGUGAUAUUUCGAUAUAUGCAGAAAUUUUAGCCGGUGGUUGUGCUGGUGGCAGUCAAGUUAUCUUUACCAAUCCAUUGGAGAUUGUAAAGAUAAGACUUCAAGUGGCUGGAGAAAUUGCUAACACUAAGCGUCUAUCAGCCUUUUCAGUUGUUAAAGAUUUAGGUUUAAUCGGACUCUACAAAGGAUCACGUGCUUGUUUUCUACGUGAUAUUCCAUUCUCUGCAAUAUACUUCACUGCAUACAAUAAUUUGAAAAAAUAUUUUUCUGAUAAUGAAGGUUUUAAUUCACCAAUUAGUUUACUAGCGGCUGCUACUAUUUCCGGUGCACCUGCUGCUUUUUUAACCACACCAGCUGAUGUGAUCAAGACAAGAUUACAGGUUGUAGCACGUACAGGACAGACAACCUAUACAGGUUUAAUGGAUGCAGCUGGAAAGAUUUGGCGUGAAGAAGGUGGUCGUGCAUUCUGGAAGGGUUCGUUAGCUCGUGUCUUCCGAUCCAGUCCUCAGUUUGGUGUAACACUAUUGUCCUAUGAAAUGCUUCAACGUUACCUGGCUGUCGACUUUGGUGGAAGACAACUGUCUGGUAAACCAGUAGAUCAUCAUUAUAUUCAAUCUAUAUCAAGUAAUCCAGAUCAUAUUGGUGGCUAUCGAUUUGCAACAGCUACAUUUUGUGGUAUUGAAUCACGAUUAGGCUUAUCAUUUCCAAAAUAUAAAGUAAUAACUAGUUGAUUGAUAGGAAUGAAUUUUGACUGUCAAUUGGUAUUUAGUAUUUAGUAUUCAGUCUACCAUCCAUCCAUAUUAUUGACAGUGUAUAAUGUUAUUUUCUAUGUAAAUUUCAUUCUUUUAAUAAUGAUCUCAAUCAAACUCUCAGGGUGGAUACUUUAGACUUUCUUUUGUAUGUUUGUAUAUGUUUGUUUGUUUGGUGACAGGAAAUGUUAAAGCAUUUUCACUGCAAUUUCUAUUUUUCUCUUCUUUGUGUUUAUGUGUAAAAUCGUUUAUCAUGAGAGAGAUCUGUUGUAAAGACAAUAGGUUAUAUUCACUCUUCUAUGAAACUAUACUUACUACUUGUGUAAUUAUUUUGGGUAUUUUCUUGAAUUGUCUCUAUUGUUUAAGCGCCUUGUACUUGUCAACUGUUCUUGCUUAAUAAAACAUUUUUAGCUUAUAUUGCCAUAUCUACAUAGUUUAUUUAUUUAUUUAUUUUUAUAAAAUUAAAACAAAAAUUCUGAAAUUGUAAUAUUUUUCUUCCAUCAACUGUUAGGUAUUUUUCAUGUUGAAUGAAGUUGUCAAUUGAUAUAAUGGUUUGUUUUUUCACAAUCCAGUCAUUCUACACAACGAUUCAGUACUGUUUCUUUUCUUCACUCUUAACCAUGAUGAUUAAAAACAGUCAUCCACUAUGACUGUAACACUAUUUUCUUCCUCUUUAAAAAAACAAAACAACUUUGUAUUCCCGCUGCGUGUAUUGGUCCAUUCAAUGUGUUCAAUUACACUUAUUUUUGUUAUGCGUGUGUAUACACAUAUACAUACAUUUAUUUAUAUCAUAUUUCUAUGUUAUUUUGUAUAAAAUUAUACUGCACA